AUGGAUGAUUCAGAUUACUCAUCAUUAGGCCCUGUGUAUUAAGUUUUCUCAGGAGCAGUUCAUACUAGAUUUGAACAUUCGUUAGGUGUUGGCUACAUGGUUUAAACUAUGAUGGAGCAUUUCAAGCAAAUACAGUAGUCAGAGUUAUUGAUAGAUGAUAUUGAUAAAUAAAAUGUAGUUAUUGCUGGUCUUUGUAAUGAUUUAGGACAAGGAAUUUAUUCGCACUUCUUUGAUCGUCUUCUGAUACCAACUCUUGACCCAAAACUGAAAUGGGACUACAAAGAUGCCAGCAUUAUGAUGCUCGAUAGUCUGAUUGAUAAAAAUAACAUCGACCUUGAUGAUAAAGAUCUCAAACAAAUUAAAGAACUAAUAAGAGGACAAUAUGAUUCUUCAAAAUCAUGUAUAAAUCCCUCUAAAGCUUGGCUUUUUGAUUUACAAAGAUACAAUAUGUUUAAACAGGUUUACUGCCAUAAGGUAUGCCAAGCUGUUAGUCUAAUGUUUCUUGAUGCACUUGUAAAUGUAAAUCCACACUACUAAUUCAUUUAAAAUUUGACAAAUCCAGAUGCAUAUUUUAACUUCACUGAUCCAAUUAUUAAAUAUAUAGCGAGUAAUAAAUCAAAACCUGAAUUCCAAAUAUCAUAGCAGAUACUAUAAAGAAUAAGUAAAAGAGAUCUCUAUAAAUUCGUGGGUGAGAAAUUGAUGGACACUCAGGACUACAUGAAAAUUAGUGAUAAAAUUAAUAUACAAGAUUUAAUUAACUGUCAGGAUCCCUCGGAUGGUAACUUUCUGAAAUAAGAUGAUGUAUCCCUAUACUAAUUCGGUAUUAACUAUGGAUAUGGAAUAUAAAAUCCAGUUGAUUUAGUCUAAUUUUAUGAAAGAAGCACAACAAUCAAUGAAGGGACUGGAAUUUUAUCAGAGACUUAUCAAAAUAAUAGAUUAUCACUCAUGCCUAAUUAAUUUUCCGAAAGCUACAUCAGACUAUUUGUAAAAUAAGAAAAAAAUCUUAAAACAGCAUAGGAUGCAUUUAAAAAGUAUUUUGAAAAGCAUAUAGGUAUUUGA